AGAGCUGCUCGAGUUGGAUAUGAUGCUGGCAGGUGUGGCCCGAGCAGCCGUCAUAGUGAGGAGAAAAAGGGCCUGAGGCCCUGCGAGCUUAGACGAUGCCUAAAUGCAACCAUCCCUCUGAAGGAAGAAAACAGAGACUUCUGGAGUUACUUACCGGCGCACAUACACAGAUGCUUGGAGGGCAGAGAGAGAAUCUCGACUUGACGACCGUGACAAAUCUUGCACAUGCUGUGUAGCGCAGAAACAGCGUCAGCUUGUGAUUUCCUUUCCCACAUUCCUGUCCCAACAGCCUACCGCUUGUUUUUUUCUUCCUCCUUCAAUAGCCGUUCAGCUUGCUUCACCUGCCGCUCAACCUCAAUCGCUUCCUUCAGCUCUUCCACUUGGCGCUCCAGCUCAUGCACACGAGCACUCAGGUGGUCACACCUGAAAUAACAAGGAAAGAGGAGGACAAUACAGCUGCACUGAUAGCCCGCUUCCCCUCGUGGCCGCGCUAACCUCUGUGGGUGAUAAGAAGAGGAACUAGGUCUUCUCGCCUGCCACACGACAAGCCGUAGACAGGCCGUGUGCAUGCCUUGCAUGUACAUGCUGCUAGUUUAGUGCGUGAGACAACAAGAUCCCUCCGGGGUUACAGACACGAGUCUCGUUA